CUUCCUGCACCUUGACGCUCAGGUACACGGAUUUCCCCUCAAAUCUUCGGGAAACCAUAAUAUCGGAGUGAUCUGGACCCAACUCCUGGCCAAAAAUGGAUUGACAAAUAUAUAUAUACCUGGUGGACAUUGGCAAAGCCGUGACUUUUUCUGGGGGGGUGGAGUUGGCUCGUGGACGCAGCGUACUCCGACUAUAGCUAGUAAGUCAUGUCUGCUGGCAGCAACGGCAGCCUGAGACGCAGUGAGAGGCCGGGGAGAAGCAGGCAAGUCUCGUUCACUGAGGAGCGCUGUGUGGACCCGGUGGAGGAUAGGCAGCCAACUCCACAGCCAAAGGUGGGCCGCAAAGACCACCUUAAAGAUGCCAACGGAAAUGAGUCUGAGACCGUCAGCUUUGUGCCUGCUGCAGCCGAACCUUCAUCCCCAACGAGCUGUAAUCCCUGCUCGUCCCCGCAGAGCUGUAAAACGUUUGUGUUCACUGUAAUCACGUGCGGACUGUACAGGGUGUGCCAGGGCUCCAUCCUCGCUCCGUGCUUGGCGCCGAACGAGAGCUCCCCAGAUGAACCAGAAAAGGUGAGCCUUCGAGGCGUCAACCCGGAGGACAACAAAGAUAAGACCGAAACGGACUUGUCAGACGUUCACAUUAACGGAGUCCCAGUAGUCGGUCCGAAAGGAUAUUUAGACGUCGACAUCAAAUCUUCACCGUAUGUCCCCACGCCUGCUCAGAGUCAGAUAGGGUUUGCCUCUUUGCAUGAGUCCAUGACAUUUGAUGACUGGGAGGGCGGUGAAGAGAACGUGGACUCUCUGAUCACCCAGAAGCUGCUGGAGCUCUACUCCGAGUAUCAAAUCGAAGAGCUCGCCAGAUGCACCUCAGACUCUGUGUUUCUGAGGAAGAGCAAAGCCAUCUCUCAGCUCAUCAACUCUCUGGCAGAGGAGCACAAAAUGGACGAGCAGGAAGCGGAGUGCCGGCUGGUGCGGGGCAUCAUCCGCAUCAGCACUCGGAAAAGCGCGAAGAAGAGGCCGCCCAUUCCCAGGAUGGAAAGGACGCUGUCGGACAGCGGGCACGAGACCAUGAUUGGAAGUGGCUCCUUUCCAUCCAGUAACAACAAUGACUACAAGUCAAAUCCCAACAUUCAAAUAUCAGACUUGACUUCCACUGACAAGUUCGCCAGGAACAUGUGGCGGAAGAAUGGAGAUCACACUUCAGUUUCUCCAACGACUUACUCGCCCUGCCAGUCAGAGACGGAGUCUUCAGGCGUCCCACUGCUACACUCUUCAGUGAGGACAUGAAUCAUCCCUGCAUCACCGGCGCAUUGUUUCCAUAAGGUCACAUGCAGAAUGUUGAAAGGAAAGUACUACUUGCACUGGAGUGUCUGGCUGAGCCAAACUCCUUUGGGGGCCAUGCCUUUACUGUAGAAGGAAAAUGUGAAGGUUCACAUUGUCUGAAGGGCUUCAGUGAACUCAGGGUUCUGUGUGUAGAUAUUUAUGGUUUGUAAAUACCGUAUUUGUGCUUUGAAGGAUUCCUUGUUUGGAAGACUGUCCUGCAAGAAGCCUAUACAGUGGCUCUCAAAACUUUACACACUCUUUUUAAACUAAUUUUAGUAUAUUUGUAUUGUUUUAUUUUUUCAUUAUAAAAGGUUAUAAAAGUAUUUACUCUAACAGUUUAUUAAAGUAAAUUUUAAUACUAAAACAGCAUCCAGCCCGUUUGGUAUGAGUCUAUUAGUAUAGCGCGUCUUAACUUGGUCAAAAUUGCGCACUCUACCUUACCAAAGUUCCCAGAUUGGGAGAACAUCUAUUGUCCAUGGCCCUCUUUAGGUAACUUUCUAUCAGAUUUAGCUCUGGACUCAGCAGGCCCUUCCCUUCCAAAAAGCCUUUCUGAUGUGAAUUGGAUGUACAAUUGGACUCAAUUUGAAACCUGAUGGCGGGGUUCUGCUUUUACAUCAGGGUGAGUUACAAUUUGAUAUAACCCCAGAUCAUGAUACUCCCCCAGCAAUCUUUUAUCAUGGGUUUGGGUUUCUUUUGGUGGUGCUUGGUGUGGGCCAAAAACUCCACAUCAACAGUGGCCUAAACUUUUCUUUGAUUUUAUCAAACCACAACACACUUAAUCAUGCUCCUUUAGGCUAUUUUAGUCAGGUUUACUUUGGAAAAAUGAAAUCUGUUUUCACCAGUACUUCUUUGUCCAGGCUCUAUCCCUACAGAAUACAGAGAGUUGUUGUCACGUGUUGAACAAGCCCAGUAUUUCCUAUAAAUUCCUGCAACUACGUCAGUCUUGCUGUCCAGCUCUCAACAGCCUCCAUGACCAAUUUCUUUCUUGUCUUUUCAUCUAUUUUGGGAAAACAUCUAGUAUGCAUAAUUUUACUGGUGUCCCAUGCUUUCUGAAAUUCUGGCUAAAUGUUUUCAGUCUGUCGUGGUAUAUAUCUAUAAAGUACUGUGGGUUUUAGUACUUUUUCUGAUUUAUACCUUUGUACAGUGACAUCAUUUUGAAUCCUACUAGGACCGUUGAACUUUAUCUCAGGUUUAUUACAUUUACUGUAAUUGAUAUCAGGUGUGCACACAAGACUAAAUGUUUAAAUGAGACCAAGAACUGAAUAAAACAAAAUAUUAGUUGAAGGGUGCACCCACUGUUGCAACCAGAUUUUAGUUUUUGUUCUGUUUUCACAGUUUUCAGUCAAACAGAUUGGUUUGUUUUUCAGUUAAAUUGUAUAAGAUAUGUCACAAUAAAGGUGGAAAAAAGUUUUUAAAUGAAAUUCACAUGAAAUAUUAUCUGACAUGGUGUGUACAGUUUUGAGAUCCACUGUAGAUCCACUGUAGAUCCUAUUUUAUUAUGACAGUUAACCGUCCACUUGUUUUUGAAGUGCUUGUUAUUUUAAAAUGUGACUUUUGAUCUUGUGGGUUUGAUUACUAUGCUCUUUUUACAUUAAAUAAUUAUUUUCUUUUUGUUUACCUGCUUUAAUAUUUCCUUGGUUUGCGAUAGUGCACAUUUCACUAUACUUUUGUCUGCAUAUAUCUGGUUCCUUGUUUAACCAUUGCUUUUAGCUACAUUUUUGCUGUUUUAUUUUUCUGAUUUUGAUUAUUUCAAAUGAAUGUAAGAUGCAUUUUUAAUGUUCAAAAGUUGCAAUAGUGGAAAAAAAUAGAUGAAGAAAGGAUUGAAGGUAUUCUAAUAUAAUGAAUGGAAAUUUAUUGUUGUAAUGACUUUCUUCAACUUUCGUUUUUGUGCUUUUUGUUGUACACAAGAAAAAAAACCACUCUAAAAAUAUUGACUUUCUUACUAAACAUAGAGAAAAGUAAAAAUACAAAAGUUAUUGCUGUCCUGAGACCAACAAGAGCCAGGCUUUGUAAGAGCAGACCUGCUUGUUUUAUUUUUACCUUGAGACUAAUUUAUUAUUCCUAAUGUUCCUAAUGUUCUGUUCCUAAUAAAUGACAUAUAUUCCAGUUGAAGAGUUCAAAUGUUUUUUAAAUCAUGUUUACUACCAGGACUGCUACCUCUCUGCUGUUUUUAGACCCUAUACUAAACUAAGCUAACUGGCUUCUUCUUGUAGCUUACCCCCUAUUUUCUGUGCUGACAUGAAAACUAAGUUGGAAACAUCCUGGUAAACCAGUGGAAUAAACCCGUAAGCCUUCCCUGAUGAUCUGCUUAACAGGAUCGGGUUAUCCUUUUUGUUGUAGCUACAUUAUCUAAAAUGUAUGAUCCUCUCAAGCCACAGGCUAUGAUUGUAUGCUUCAUUUCAAUUCUAUAUAUUAACUUUGUGUUUGAGUUACCUAUUAUAACAGCUGAAGAAUUUCUGGUGUGGUUAUUAUAUUCUUUGAUUCUGUGUAAUUGAAUAACGACUAGCCCUUUUUGUCUUAUAAUGUGCCUUAUUAGACUUAUUUGGCACUGUAUUGAUGAACUCAAUUUUAAGGUUAUGUACUACUUUCUGAUUUGGCUUUAAAAGCACAAAACGCAACUGAUUUAAAGACUUUCCAGCUGUAGUAUCUGUCAUAUGUUUUGCACUUUUUCUCUUCUGUUGCAUUAUGCCAUGUUCUGUAAAGUCUUUAAAAAUGUAUCUGCCUUUGGUUAAAUGUCUUGUACUGUUCAGCGAGUCAAAUAAAGUAAAUUAAGUAAAUGAUGUGAA